AUGUCUGGCUAUAGUUUGGUCAAUCCGCAAGUUGACGUGUUAUUUGGAGGCGUACAGGUUCGGUGGUUCGUACAGGUGGUCAUUACCGACCACAUGACACUCAAAUGGCUCAACUCAAUAGAGAGUCCAUCUGGAAGGACAGUUCGAUGGGCCUUAGAAUUACAGCAGUUCCAGUUCGACGUGCAGUACCGGCGAGGAAAACUAAACGUGGUAGUUGACGCACUAUCCCGACAGCCAUUGGAGGCAUGUCGUCAGGCCGUGGAGGAGCAGCAUCCGGAUAGACCGCAUGCAUGCUGGAAAAACUCACCAAGAAGCCCUAAAAGUACCCGGACUAUGCGUCAAGAACAGCCAAAACUAUCGCCACCUGGGACGCAGUGCCGACGACGAAGACUACGUGCCGUGAAAAUUGUGGGUCGCCGGCAAUCAGAGGCAGAGAGUCCUGAGUGCCACAUUGCCCCGAUGGCAGGGCAUCAAUGGGUGAGGAAGACGAUAACUCGACUGGCACAGAGGUAUUAUUGGCCAGGAAUGUUUCGGGAUGCCGCACGACAUGUGAGGUGCUGUGAGGUGUGCCAAAGUUCAAAGUAG